AAACUAAAUUAAAUUCCCUGAACAUUUGUGUACUAGUGAGUAUCAACUAAGAAGUUUAGAGAGAGAAAGAAAAACUCACAAAAAAAAUUGCUCUAAACCCAAAAAAUAAUCACAAAUAUUUGAUUCAUAUAUAAUUUCUUUCUCAAAGAAAAAAAAAAUUAAAAGGAGGAGAGAGAAAAUGGGAAGAGCUCCAUGUUGUGAGAAGAUGGGGUUGAAGAAAGGUCCAUGGACUCCUGAAGAAGAUCAACUCUUGAUUAAUUACAUUCAAAUUAAUGGUCAUAGUAAUUGGCGUGCACUUCCUAAACAAGCUGGUUUAUUAAGAUGUGGGAAGAGUUGCAGGUUGAGAUGGACAAAUUAUUUGAGACCUGAUAUUAAAAGAGGAAACUUUACUCAAGAAGAAGAAGAAACUAUUAUUAAGUUGCAUGAAAUGCUUGGAAAUAGGUGGUCCGCGAUUGCAGCAAAGUUACCAGGAAGAACAGACAACGAGAUUAAGAAUGUAUGGCACACUCAUUUGAAGAAGAGGCUUCCUAAGCAAAUUGAGCCAGAUCAAACAGGCUCCGACAUUGCCACCACCGAUACUACCGUGGUACCCACCAAGAAACGAGCUCGAAAAUCGAGGACAACGAAAAAGGGAGGCAUUCAUGAGGAGGCCCCACCAAGGAAGCACAUGAAGUGCAUGGAUAAUCUCGAGAACGACAAUAACAAUAACGAUAACAAUAAUAAUGACGAUGAUAACGACCCUACAAGUUCACUAUGCGACCCUGUUUCUCCACAACCAUGCACUAGUGAAGUGUCUACAAUCACUAGUACUAGUGCUAGCGAAAAUGACAAUUGCAGCAAGGAAAAUGUGGGAGAAAAGGAUGGAUACAUAGGUGAUUUCCCUGAAAUUAAUGAUGAUUUCUGGAUGGAAGUAUUAUCUGUUGAAGAUACUACUAAGUCUACCGACGAUCUACAUUGCAUUUCGCCGGAUGUUUUGAUGCCGGAGCCUAUGCGAGAAUCGGAUCCAAAGGUUCAUAGCGACGAUAUGGAUUUCUUCUGGUAUAAUCUUUUGACGAGAUCUGAUGAUUUACCAGAAUUUUUUGAGAUGUUGUAGUAAUUAGUUGUUCAAAAUUAGGUAGUUAGAUUCUCUAGUUCUUUUUGUUUAGAAUUUGUUCCUUCUUUUUUUUACUCACAUGUAAUAUGGUUGGAAAUUUGUCAAUUUGACAUAACUACAGGUUUGUUUCUUUGUAACUUGAGGUAUCUCCUUUGGGAUAGUGUCUGCAAAGAAUCAAUGUCCUCAUUAUAUUCUUGGCCACAAGAGAACACACUUUUAUGCGACAAAAAAUAGCCUAAAGGCUAAAACAAUAAAUUUUCUUAUAAAAGCACAAUUCUUAAGUGUCUA